AUGCAACCAGCCAACACAGCAUCAACCACUUCCUUCCGAUUUCCUGAGGAACAGGCCCGUGGUCUUCCAGAUCCGUCUCGCUAUUUCUCUGAGCAUCUGCGCUCUCCCCCUUACCCUACCAGCCCUUUCUUCCUAAACUUCGUUCUCAGAUUUGGAGACCGACCUGAGUAUAUACACCCUUAUAUUAUACGUUCCGCCUCUUCUUCCGUUCAACUCUGUUACCCUUCUCGCAACGUCUCAGCAGCUUCUAUUGUGCAAGAGUUCAAAAACGAUUUAGUCAUCGAAGCAUCGCUAUAUAACCAGGACAAUCAUGGCAACAACUAUAUCCAAAGUAAUCACUUCAUCUCAUCAUUCAGCGAUCUCUGCGUCACGCUAGACGUCCCACCUUCCCUACGCUUCUUUCUCGCUCGUGGCAGCCCUUUCGUAACCUGCAUCACCACCGCCACCGUCACUCUUUCCAUCAAAAGCUUUCACAGCUUCGAGCCCCCUCACUCCAAUGGCUCAUCCACAAAGCAUACCAUCCGGCUCAAAGAUAGCCAUACAUGGAUUUGCUACUCCUCGUCCCCGCUUAACCUAACCCUUAGAGAUUCAGUUCUCACUGCCGACAACUUCUCCGGUGUGCUUCGGUUUGCCGUCUUGCCAAAUUCCGAACCACAUUACGUAACAAUCCUCGAUCGCUUCAGCAACUGCUACGCAGUUUCUGGGCGUGCUUUUUUCACAAAGCCCUUUUGCUUGGAGUACAAAUGGGAGAAGAAGGGACGCGGAGAGCUACUCCUCCUUGCCCACCCUCUCCAUCGCAAGCUCCUGGAUGUGGAUGACGGAGACGUCGCUGUCUUGGAUGAAUUCAAGUAUAACAGCAUAGAUGGUGAUCUCGUCGGCGUUGUGGGGAACUGGUGGCACUUGAAAACGGACCCGAUUAAGCCACAGUGGAAAUCCUUUGGUGGGAUCGAAGAAAAGUUUUUUCCAGAGAUCGCCUCAGCUCUUCGCAACGAUGUUGGGGGUCUGACCCCGAUAACUACGGUAUCACCUUAUGUCUAUGGGAAGAUUAUAGCCAGGGCAGCCAGACUCGCCGUGAUCGCCGAAGAGAUCGGCUCGAAGGAGUUGAUUCCGGCUGUCAGCAAUUUCUUGAGGAUUUGGAUCGGACAAUGGUUAGACGGGAAAUACACCAAUAAUUCUUUCUUGUAUGACACCAAAUGGGGAGGAAUCAUCAGUAAAGGAUCUGAGGAUGAGAGUAGUACUGAGUUUAAUAACUACAGAGGUCAUCAUCACCAUCUUGGUUACUUUCUUUAUGCCAUUGCCGUCCUUGUGAGGAACGACAAGGACUGGGGAAGGAAGUAUAGAUCUCAAGCUUAUUCGAUUCUGGGGGAUUUUCUGACCCUCGGUCGCCGCCCGAAUUCGAACUAUCCACGUCUGAGGUGUUUCGAUCCGUGGAUUCUGCACUCGUGGUCCGGAGAAGUAGCCGUUUAUAACGAUGGGCGCCAUCAGGAGAGCUCAAGCGAAGCGGUAAAUGCUUACUAUUCCGCAGCUCUAAUGGGGAUGAGCUAUGAAGACAGUCAUCUUGUCGACAUUGCAUCGACGCUGGCAUCACUAGAGAUUCGAUCAGCGCAGACAUGGUGGCAUGUCCGAGAGGGGAAUGCAAUGUAUGAAGAAGAGUUUAGUAGGGAAAACAGGUUAAUGGGAGUGCUGUGGACGAACAUGAGAGACACUGGUCUUUGGCAGGGUCCCAGCAGGUGGAAGGAAUAUCGUGUGGCAAUUCAAGUGCGACCAAUAACACCGAUCACCGAGAUUUUGUUUGGCGAUGUAAGGUUUGUGAAAGAGAUGGUGAAAUGGGCCUUGCCCGCCACCGAGAGGGAGGAUGUCUCCGACAGACGGAAGGGUUUUCUGUAUGCCAUGGAAGGGAUGUACGACAAAGAAAGUGCUCCGAAGAAGAUUAGAAGCUUGAAAGAAUUCCAUGAAUCCAACUCGCUCUCCAACAUGCUGUGGUGGAUUUACAUUUCACACCCACCACCUGUUAACCAGAUCGAUCAAAACCUAAACUAG